AUGGAUCAAAACUACUGCCCCAAUCUAUAUCGUCAGAGAUUAAAAAAGACAAUACGACCAACGAAAAGAGAAACGCUAAUAGAAAGUUUAAGGACUGUGACAAAAGAGUAUUGUAAAGAAUCUUCCAUUUCAGGUCUCAAACAUUUAGUUGAAGAAAGGACACCUUAUAUAGAGAGAGCUAUUUGGACCAUCACAUUGAUAGCUGCUUUAAUAUGCUCUGUAUCCCUGGUGUGGAUGACUUUUCAAAGAUACUAUCAGGCACCUUUAGUCACCACUCAGAUACCAGAAGGUAUUUCAAUCAACAAAAUAAUAUUUCCAGCUGUGGGUAUCUGUACUAAUAAUAGAAUAAGCAAGCGAGCAGUAACUGAAUUGGCGAACGAAUUAUUAAAAGAGAAACGAAAUGAAAAAUACACUGAGAAAAAGAUGUUGUCAAUGCUAUUUGGUUUAGGGCUGCUAUACAAUCUUCAAAUGGAUCCCAACAUUGUAGAUGUGAUGGAACUUCAUCAAAUUCUCGGAGAAUAUGAUGUCAAUGAACUCAUGAAAAAUUUAACCCCAAAAUGCGAGGACUUGCUCUUGCGAUGUGCUUGGAAUGAGAAACCGAUGGCAUGCUCGAAAUUAUUUGAUUUCCGCCUCACUAUGAACGGAUAUUGCUGCACUUUCAACUACCUUCGCAGUUCAGAUUUCAUGUUUGAAGAAAGUACUGAAGCUCGCAGCACUGAUAUGUAUAUGUAUGGAAACAAAUCCAGUUUUGAUUUCGACCAAGGAUUAAAAGUCUUACUGUACUUAGAAGAGGAUGAUGACUUCUUCUAUAACACACCUUUAAAUGGAGCUCAGGUUUAG